AUGGCUGCAGAACAAAAGACCCCUGGACAGAUUCAACGUGAAGAGGAAGAAGCCAGAAAAAAAAUGAAGCGUCUGGCGAAAGGAGGUGGUAUUGAAGGACGUUUACCAAUGAAAAGGUUGUUUCGUCAAAGAGCCCAUGCAAAUGUUUUGUCUGAUCAUGAAUUGGAAUAUCCUAGAAGCCCCGCCGAAAUGGAUUGGACACCGUUUUAUCCAGACUUCCCAGAAGACUCUGGCAAGAAGGUGGAGAUUGUGGACAUUGGCUGUGGUUAUGGCGGUCUUACCGUAGCCCUUGGUCCUCAUUUUCAAGAUUCGUUGGUUUUAGGAAUGGAAAUUCGAAUGCAGGUCACCGACUAUUUGAAGGAAAAGAUUCAGGCCAUACGUUAUCGAGCAGAGCAUGAGGAACCGGUUGUUGGAGGUUAUAAGAAUAUUUCUGUCUUACGAAUGAACUGUCAAAAGUUUUUGCCAAACUUUUUCGAAAAAGGACAACUCACGAAAAUGUUUUUCUGCUUUCCAGAUCCUCACUUCAAAGCUCGUAAACACAAGAACCGUAUCGUUACCAGUACCUUGGCUUCAGAAUAUGCUUAUUUCAUUCAGCCUCAUGGAAGACUUUACACCAUUACUGAUGUAGAAGAACUCCAUCUUUGGAUGGCGGAAACCCUUGACAAGCACUCCCUCUUCCGUCGCCUUUCCAAAGAAGAAGAGGAUGCGGAUAUCUGUGUUGCUCUUAUGACAAAUGAGACGGAAGAAGGAAAGAAGGUUGCUAGAAAUGGUGGAAAGAAAUUUACUGCUUGCUAUGAGCGAUUGCCAGACCCCGCGAAAUAA